AUUGACCAGAAAGGAGCGCAAAGAGUGGUGGACCAGCAGUCAGGGAGUCACUCAGUCAGAGGCAGUCGAUUAAAGACCACUUGAGUGUAAAACCAAGCUAAGAGGGGGGAAGAGCCACCUCUUCUUUACUUCUUUUUAAAAGUUUUUUUUUUUUCUUGAAAGGGAAGCAAUUUUGAGAGUGUGACGGGGAGGCAGGGGACACCAGCUUUCCCUCUGUUUUUGAUUAGCCAUGCUGCUUCUGGAUGAAUCGGAGUCAUUUGCAGACCAGUCCCACAGCGCCCCCUUCAGCUCCCAGAAUGAAGCUCAGGGUGGCGACCCGGCUGUGUGGCAGUGCACCCCUCCCACAUCUACCUCACCUUCGGCAGAGACGCCGGCUCACCCUCCCUCCACCCAGCCCGGGUCAAGACCCCACUCCAGGCCGGCAAGCCAAAGCCCCACUCCUCCCUCUGCCCUGACAGGAACCAAGAAGAGGAGCUCCAAACCUGCACACAUGAGACGCAACAUCAGGAAGUUACUGAGGGAUCAUCAGUUGGAGGCAGUGACCAAAGCGGCCCAGCAGGAGGAGCUGGAGAGAAGGCGACGUCUGGAGCAGCAGAGAAAACAGGAUUUCCCCGUACCGCUGCCGCCUGAAUACACAACUGGCGAUGUGACAACUUGUGCGUCGUCAUCGGCGCCGUCAGUGGCAUCGCAGCAAGAAGUGAAGUCAAGCAGACAGGAUGUGAUCUGUGUGGACUCCAGCAGCACGGGCAUCAGUGAGGACGACAGCAAGGCCGACACACCCGCCUCUGCUACAGCACAACACACAAACAAAACAGAUGUCAUAGAUCUGAGUUCUGGUGAGGACGAGUCCAUCGUCCAUGUUAGCAGCGAGUCCACCGUUGAGGAAGAAGACAGCGAGCCAAGCGGUGCCCACGUCAACGACACCCUCAACCAACCAGACGCCCACGGCAGGGUGCUGGUCAACCUGAACCAUCCAGCUGCAGAGGAGGACAUCUUCCUGUCGCCUCAGCUGGCGAGAGCAGUGAAACCUCAUCAGAUCGGUGGGAUCCGCUUCCUGUACGAUAACCUGGUGGAGUCGGUGGAGCGCUUCAGCAGCAGCAGUGGAUUCGGCUGUAUCCUGGCCCACAGCAUGGGCCUGGGCAAAACGCUGCAGGUCAUCUCCUUCAUUGACGUCCUCUUCAGACACACCCAGGCUCACACCGUGCUCGCCAUCGUACCUGUGAACACACUGCAGAACUGGCUGUCAGAGUUCAACGUGUGGGUCCCACCCCCAGAGGCUUUACCUCCAGACACCGAUCCCACAGCGGUCACGCCACGCACAUUUAAGGUUCACAUCCUCAACGAUGAACACAAGAACACAACAGCCAGGGCCAAAGUGGUGGAGGACUGGGCUCGGGAUGGGGGCGUGCUGCUGAUGGGCUACGAGAUGUACCGCCUUUUGUCGCUGAAGAAGAGCUUUGUGGCUGGAAGGAAAAAGAAGAGCAAGAAAGCAGCAGGACCUGUCGUCAUUGACCUGGAUGAAGAGGACAGGCAGCAAGAGCUACUAAAAGGUAUCGAGAAGGCUUUGGCUCGGCCCGGUCCAGAUGUGGUAAUCUGCGACGAAGGACAUCGCAUCAAGAACUGCCACGCCAGCACGUCGCAGGCGCUAAAGAACAUCCGAACCAGACGCCGUGUGGUCCUCACCGGCUAUCCGCUCCAGAACAACCUGAUUGAAUACUGGUGCAUGGUCGACUUUGUCCGACCCGAUUUUCUAGGUACGCGGCAGGAAUUCAGCAACAUGUUUGAGCGUCCCAUUCUGAACGGGCAGUGUGUGGACAGCACGCCUCAGGAUAUCCAGCUGAUGAGGUACAGGAGCCACGUCCUGCACAGCCUGCUGGAGGGCUUUGUACAGAGACGAGGCCAUGAUGUCCUGAAGGACCAGCUGCCUUCCAAGGAGGAACAUGUGAUUUUAGUGCGUCUGUCUCCCCUGCAGAGGGCGCUCUACACAGAGUUCAUGAACCGCUUCAGAGAGGCAGGAAACACGGGUUGGCUCAGCCUCAACCCGCUGAAAGCAUUUUGUGUCUGCUGCAAGAUCUGGAACCAUCCAGACGUGCUGUACGAGGCUCUGCAGAAGGAAAACCUGGCAAGUGACCAGGAUUUAGACCUUGAUGACAUCACCUCUGCGGGACGAUGUUCAGCUGCACCCAAUCAAAAGCCCAAGAACCUGGACAAUCCCAACCCCGUCGGCAGCCUGAGUCUUAACCAGCUACAAGAGAAAGCCAAUCAGGUCAUCACAUACGAAUGGGCAAAGGAUAUCAUGAACGACUACAAGCCCGGCCUCCUGGAGAACUCCGCAAAGAUGGUUUUGCUCUUCCAUCUGAUAGAGGAGAGCGUCAGGAAGGGAGACAAACUCCUCGUCUUCAGUCAGAGCUUAUCCACGCUGACCGUGAUCGAGGAUUUUUUGGCUAAGAGACCAGUGCCUCCAUCACCCAGUGCACCCAGAGGCAGACCCAACCAAAACUGGGUCCGCAACCUCAACUAUUACAGGCUGGAUGGAAGCACAACAGCCUCAGAGAGAGAGAGACUGAUAAACCAGUUCAAUGACCCCUCCAACACCUCUGCAUGGGUUUUUCUGCUCUCAACCAGGGCUGGUUGUCUCGGUGUGAACCUGAUUGGGGCAAACCGCGUGGUGGUUUUUGAUGCCUCCUGGAACCCAUGCCACGAUGCCCAGGCCGUGUGCCGCGUCUACCGCUAUGGGCAGAGGAAGCCGUGUCACAUCUACCGGCUGGUGUGCGACUUCACACUGGAGAAGAAGAUCUACGACCGCCAGAUCUCCAAACAGGGCAUGUCUGACCGUGUUGUGGAUGACCUGAACCCCGUGCUGACCUUCACCAGGAGAGAAGUUGAGUCUCUUCUUCAUUUUGUGGAAGAGGAACCAGACCCCUCUAGCAUCCACCUGCAGCCCCACGACAGCAUGGAGAGCGUCCUCAGGAAGGGUCUGCAUCUUUAUCCCCACCUCAUUACAAAGCAACCAUUCCCCCACGAGUCCCUGCUGAUAGACCGCAGGGAGCUGAAGCUGAGCAAUGCAGAGAAGAAAGCUGCAAAGAAGGGCUACGAAGAUGAAAAGAGGGCCUCAGUGCCAUACACCCGCCCUUCCUAUGCUCACUACUACCCCGCCAGUGACCAGAGCCUUACCAACAUCCCUGCCUUCAGCCAGAGAAACUGGCGCCCUCCCACUGAGGAGAAGCCGGUGGCCAGUGUCAGGCCAGUCCAGUCAACUCCAGUUCCUAUGAUGCCCCGCCAGGUGUCCACAGGCUCUGCCCCAGGCACUGACUCUUCUAAAUCCAGCCUCGGAGGCUUCCCUGUCAACUGCCUGCAAAAAGCUGGGGUGUUUGUACAGAAAAUUGUCACCACUACUGACAUAGUAAUUCCAGGCACCAACAGCUCAACAGAUGUCCAGGCCAGGAUCACCGCUGGAGAGAGUAUCCAUGUCAUCAGGGGCACAAAAGGGACUUACAUCAGGACAUCUGAUGGCCGAAUCUUUGCCAUCAGAGCAGCUAAUAAGGCCAAGACAGUGGAGGAGAGUUCAACAGCACCACCCAAAGGCUCGCAAGCACCCCCUCCAGAGGCUUCCACUCAUGUCAGUAACGGUUGCCUAUCACCCAAGACCGUGCCCCGCCCUCUUUCACCUGACAGCCCAGAGAUCAUUAACGAGUUGCAGCGCUACACGAGCGGUACAGGAGCGAGUGCUGCAGCGGGCUCCGGCCUUCAGCCGGCAGAGAGCGAUGUGGUUCAGACCAGUGGGAGCAGUGUGGCAAGUGGAAAUUUGUGUCACCAUGAUGCCUCUGUGACUAAUGUAAUUCAGCCCAACAUGGAUGCCACUGCCGCCCAAGACCUGAGAACAGGCUCCAAGCGUAAAGCCUCUACCCCCUCCCUGGAUGAGCGGGCCAGUAAGCAGCCUUCUGCCAGCAAGCACUCCUCAGCCCCCUUGGCCUCGCAGGGCUUCCCCUUCACUGGGGGCUAUGGCCUCCCUCCAAUGGGUCUAAACUCUGCCAUGCUGGGUGGUUCGAUGGGGCAUCCACUCUUCAUGGGGGCAGGCUCACAUUACUUCCCCCCACCCCACACUCAGCUGAGCGACCCUAGUUACGUGUACCCAGAUCGGCAUGGGUGGAACAUGGGUGGAGCCGGCACUAUUCCCACUUCCUCUCCCGCCUCUUCAUCGACAACAACCACCGCUUCUGCUGUCUCCUCUUCCUCCUCAACAUCAUCAUCCUCUGCAUCAGUCAAAGCUGCCAGUUCACUUUCAGGAGCCUUGCCACCAUUCAUGCUGAGCUCCAACAUGGCUAGUAUGGCUGGGAUGCUCCCACCGGGCUUCCCUCUGUCCUAUAGUCCAUCUCUGGCAAGCCUUUACACUAGCUCAAUGCUCCCUGGAGGGGUGCCAGGCCCAGCUGCUACUCCUGGCCCAGCUGGAGCCAGUUUCUUGUCCCAGUAUCCUCCUACCGCUGCAUCCAGCUCCUCCUCAUCUUCCCCAUCUUCCUUCUCCCCCUCAGCUCGAUCUGAGGGCCAGCGAGGCCUGGUUCUGGUGAACAGCGGGAAUGUCAGCAGCAUCAGCAGCUCAGAUGACGAUGAUGAUGUAAUUGAGGUGAGGGGACAGUGACAGAAGAAUGAUGUGGUUUCUUGAGAAUGCUUUCAGAAAUUGUAAUAGUCAUCAAAAAAGGAUGACACCCUAUUUGCCAGGAUGCAGCUUUCCAAGAGUCAAGGCCAAAAAAAAAAAAGAAAUUAAAUGGAAAAACAAUGACAGACAUUUAAGAUAUUGAUAAGUGAGCCCCUGCUGAAGUGUUUCCUCUGCUCAUCUCUACUUGCCUUGAAGAAAUGGUCUGAAUGAGGAUUUAACAGAGACUGGAGUGAUAAUCGUGAUGCUGAAUAUCAGAAAAUGAAUCCCGUGAAAGGCUUAAAAACCCUCCAGAAGCAAGGAGAAAAUGAAAAUCCGAGGACUCUGGGCUUCCAA